GAUGUACACUUCCUGGUUACUUUGUCGCUUGGCUUCCUUUGCCUGUCAGCUGUGCUGUCUACAACAACAAUAACUGCCAGGAAGAUACUGGAAGAUACUUGUGCUGCAGUCUCUGAGAGGAAAGAAGGAAGACGUUAAGAGAUUGUUGGACAACUCAGCGGAAAAGGAGCGAGUGGUGAUGCACAAUGGAGGAUUUCAGGCAGACAUACCUUCGUCUGUGUAAGGAGAGCGGUGUGGAGCCUCAGGAGAGCGUGGUGGCCCGGCUCCAGGGGGGGGGGGCUCAGGGGUCCAGCCUGGACCUGAGUGGACAGAGCCUGUCUGCAGAGACCUGCUCCGUGCUGGCCAGGGCCUUCCAAAGAGACACCGUCUUCACAGAGGUGCUGCUCAGUGACUGUAUGCUCAGCGAGGAAGGUGCAAAAGUACUUCUAAGUGGACUGUCAGUCAACACAACUGUAAAAGUCCUGGAUCUGAAGGGUAACAACCUGAGAUCGACAGGGGCUGAGGUGUUGGGAAAGCUGUUGGCACUUAACAAGACUCUGCGCAGAGCAGACCUCAGGACACAACUCAGAGCGACAGAGCGGCCUGAGAGAGAGCCGCAGCCGGACGCAGGUCCUCGGCAAGGAGAUUCAGAUUCUGAAGGAGGAGAAGGGGCGCCAGUUCCUAAGCCUCAUGGAAACCAUAGACAGACAGAGGGACGAGAUGGGACGCUCCAGUGGGUCUGCCUCCAUUCAGGUAGGCCAACUCCAGGAAGCUCUGAAUGAGAGGAAGUCAGCUGUCAACUCCCUCACUGCCAAACUACAGAUGACGGAGGCUGCCCUCGCCCUCUCGGAGCAGAAGAACCACAACCUGGGAGAGCUGCUGACACGAGUGAAGGCUGAGAAAGAAGAGCAGAGGGAGCGACAGAGCAGAGAGAGGAGGAAGGAGCAGGAGGACAAUGCACUCAGAGAGGGCAAACUGCUCAGAGAGACCCAAAACCUGUCCGACACCAAAGUCCAACUGAUGAAUAAAGUGGAGGAGCUGGAGCGCAGGUGUAAGUCUCAGCAGCAGCAGGUCUUUGAGCUGAAGCAGGAGCUGACCAACAGCAGCGCCGAGCUCAAGCUGCAGCUAGCACAGGCAGAAGACCGUCUGGAGAUGGAGAAGCGGAGGUCCAAGCAGGCUCUGCAGGACAGUGACAGUCUCCGCCAGAAAGAGGUGGAGCAAUUGAAUCGUCAUCUGGAAGAGUGUGAGAGGACUCUGCAGGAACGCAUCUUCAAACUGGAGGGACAGCGGAUACAACUGGAGGAGGAGCUGAGUAAAGCCAGAGCGGUGUGUGUGACGGAGCGAGCUCAGGCGGAGGAGGAGCUGGGGAGAGUGCGAGCUCAAGUUCGUCUGGAGGAGCAGGAGCACGUGUCCUCUGUGGAGGAGAAGCUCCGCUGUGUGCGCUGCAGCCUGCAGGAGGUGCAGCUCCACUCCUCGCAGCAGAAGCAGACCAUCUCUGAGCUGCAGGCCAAGAACAGCCAGCUGAGCGUGGGGGUGGACGGACUGAGGCGCCGCACGGAGGAGCUGCAGCAGGAUCUGUCGGGGAAGGAGCAGGAGAAGGUGGCUGCAGUGAGCCGGGUGAAGGUGGAGCUGCAGGAGCAGAUCGGACACCUACAGGCAGAGAGGACGGCUCAGGGGGGCCUGAGGGAGAAGAUCAGCGCUCUGGAGAGAGAGAUCAAAGUGCUCAGCAGCAGCCACAGAGAGGUGCUCCUGGACAAAGAGAGUGAGAUGUCCUCCAUGCUGGAGAAGCUCCGUCUGAAGGAGGCGGAGAUCCAGAGGAUGAGGGAGGACGAAGCCAACCGAGCCAGCUACCUGCAGUCCGCCAUCCUCACAUACGUCCAGGGCUCGCCUCUGGGACACUACAGCAGCCCCAAGAAGUGACCCCCAGACCACCUCUGAGCCCUCAGGACCGUCUGCAGAAUACAAAUAAAUCGUUAUUGUCCUGACAUGAAACAUUUGGAAAACUCAGAAGAAUCACGAGUGUUCGGGGACAUUGGUGCGGCGCCAUAUGACUGUGAGCUGUAAACAUACUGUACCUUACACAAUGUGCAGACCCAGUCAUGAAAGGGUUACAAAGUCUACUGGCACCACAUCCAGGACGUUCGGAGGAUAUGCAUGGUCCCCAGAGAAGGAAUAUGACAUGCAUACAUUUUCAAGCAUUUUUAGAUCUCUAUUUGGUAAAUGAAUGAACUUUUAAGCCUUUUGAUCCAUCUACCCUUUUAUUGUGUAAAACAACUUGCCAGCUGGAUGAGAUUAUUACCUGUUUCAAAAUACCGUGUUGUUAUCCUUCUACAGGUUAAGCGUCAGGUUUGAUUCAUUACUCUAAACAUCAAAAAAGGAAAAAGGGGUAAAGGCACUAUAUGGUGUCUUAUUUCUCCCAUGCCAAGUACCUUUAACUUUCUAGAGGUGCAAGAGGGGUUUUGAGCCUUCAGUAAAGUCUGUCUUAUAAGAAAAUACUGGAUCUGAGACUAAAAAGCACUUGAAAAUAUAUUUGAAUUGCUUUGACCACAGCCCUGUCUUAAUGCUUUACAUGUUCUUGUAUCAUUGCCAACACAUGCCGUCUCUCGUGUCUUUAGCUCUCCCAUUACUCUGUGUAGUGUACUGUACUGUCCUUCAAAUGGACCGUGCGUCAACAUUUCCAUCUGUUUGCAGCCCAUUGUGUUCCUCAUUCUUCUUCUCUCCAGUCUAAAUGAGUUGAAGACACUCCAGUGUUUACAUACAGAAUGAGAUUUGCUUCAAAUAUGCCUUAAUAUGUUGUUAUAUCUGUCACACCAGAGGCUGCCUCUCUGCAGUUCAGAUAUAGAGCAUUACACUGAUUCACAACAUGUCUGUUGUUUUUACUAAUGAUUUCAUGAAGGAAGUCUGUCAAAUUGAA